AUGGAAUCAAAUCCAUUCAAAGUGGUUAUUGCAGGUGGCAGCGUUGCCGGACUUGCUCUUGCUUUGAUGCUAGAGAAGAACGGCAUCGACUUCGUCGUUUUGGAAGGCUAUGGCAGCAUCGCACCGCAAGUUGGGGCUAGUAUCGGCCUACUUCCAAAUGGUCUCCGGAUUCUUGACCAGCUAGGCUGCUAUGAGGACGUUCUGGAAAAGGCAGAAUAUCCAGUCGACAAAUUCUUUUUCCGGAAUUCUCAGGGAGAGCAGUUCUGGUCGCUUGAGGACUUUCAUCGGGAGACGGUCAAUCGUCACGGAUAUCCAGUUAUCUUCUUCGAUCGUCGCAUGUUGAUUGAAGUGCUCUAUGACAAGAUCCAGGACAAGUCUCGAGUCCUUACCGACCAGAGAGUUCAAAGUAUCAGCAAUCGCGCGUCGGAUGUCACUGUUACUACGACCACCGGCCGGAAAUUUACCGGCCACAUGGUCAUCGGAGCAGAUGGGAUUCAUUCAACCGUUCGUCAGGAAAUGUGGAAUGAAGCAAAAAAGAUAGAUCCCUCGUGGAUUGAACCUUCCGAGGCGUCCGCACUUCCUGCGACAUACUCCUGCAUAUUCGGCAUAUCAGAAGGCGCAAAAGGUAUUGAGAAAGGCACACUGCAUUCGGUCUUCAACGAGCAUUUUUCAUAUUUAGUCCCAAGUGGGCCCGGUGAUCGGACCUACUGGUUCCUUGUACUCAACAUGGGAAAGACACUGUACGGUGACGAUAUUCCUCGAUUCACAAAAGCCGACGAGGAAGCCGUGGCGAAACAACAUUGGAAUGACCGAAUUACCCCCGAUCUCCAAUUCUCCGAUCUAUACAAGAGCAAGGUUGCUUCGGUACACACAGCUCUGCCGGAGUAUGUGUACAAGAAAUGGUAUUUCCAGAGGAUGAUGACUAUUGGUGAUGCUAGUCACAAGUUCGAACCAUUGACCGGCCAAGGUGGCAACAAUGCAAUUGAAACAGCGGCAUCGUUAACAAAUCACCUUGUAGCAGCCCUUAAGCGCUGCAAGUCGGGUACCCUGUCAACAGCCAAGAUCUCCCAGGUUUUUGAAAACGUCCAAGAACAGCGCCAAGACCGAGUUUGGGAAUUGGUCAAAGCAUCCCAUGCGCGACAACGCAUGGAGUGCAUGGAGACACCAUUGUUGAAAUUGAUCGGCAAGUAUUUGAUUCCGAACCUGCCCAGAUACAAGGUCGUCGACAAAUGGACCCAGAUCUAUUCUCCUAGUGUAUCCUUGAACAUGAUCCCACAGCCGGACAAAGAGUGGGAGAUUGCUUACUUCGAUGAAAGAUUCCGAACGCCAUCUCCCCGUGGCUUUGCAGGCAUUCUUCUGUAUACUGCUUAUGUUUCUCUGGCCUGGCUGGGUCAUCGGCAAUUGCGGACAGCGGGCACGGAGAACGGGACAUGGGCGUUGCUCCGUCAAGCACUGAAAAAGGGGACAAUCCCAUCCCUGGGAGAUACAGAGGUUCCUCUCCGUCGGGUUUAUACCGGUCUGCCAUCUAUUGACCUCGUUCUCCAAACUUUGGUGACAUUCUUUUCGCCCGCAGUCGGCAAUCUCUCAAGACCAGAGCAGCCAUUGCAGGUACUGUACUUCCUUGCCUCGAUCGUUCCAUUGAUGGCAAUCUUCACAGUUGAAGGGUAUCGGCCGCGGAAUAGAUGGACACUCCUUGCGAUCCCGUCGGUGUGGGGUAUCCUGUAUCAGCUGCGUGGUAUCGGGGUGAUCGCUCCUAUCUACUUCGCCGUGAGCACUUAUAUCUCGUCCCCCAUUACCUAUUUCUCUCCGAGCUCGCGCAACUUGAUUCCCUCCACUGCUCGCUCAAUCCUUCUAGCUGUGUUGAUUGGAUAUUUUCUGCCAAGUAUGAUGUUGUUCUUCCCAUUGGAGAAUGCCCCGGUUACCCGACAGGCUUUCAUCGCCCUGUGGCAGCCUGUUCCGGUGUACGUGGUUCUUCUGACAGAGGUAUUCUCCCGCAUAAUCAAGUGUGUUGAGAAGUCCAAAUCGAUCAGACCCUCAACAGAUAGCAAGCUCAAUCUUGAUCUGCCUUCGCUACAAAUGCUCUACGCAGUUACUGGCUGCAUCGCCGCGUGCUUCCAUCUUGCCUUGUUGGCCAGUUGGUAUGUCUCUAGCAGUGAAUUCCUGAUCAGGGCAUUCAUCCCGAUGGAUUCAUUUGUGGAAGUGUCCACUCUGGCAGAUGGAAUCUUCGUAUUCUUCCAGAACGAUUUCUUGCUUGUUGCUGCUGCGAGUCUCCUGUGGUGUUGGUCUAGUGUGUGGGAUCUGUAUCGCAUGGGAAUCUUAAAUUUUUCCAUGUGGGUAGCUUUGGUGGCUCUCAUUAUUGGAUCUGUGGCGGUUGGACCGGGUGCAACAGUGGCGGCUGUGUGGUACUGGCGGGAGGGUGUCAUGAGCCAGAGAAAAUUCCGCUUGAUCUCUCACUAG